CGCUCUUAGAGCCGAGGGGAAAAGUUUGGGGACUGCGCAGGACCGGGACACGUGUGCCCAAGCUAGGGGAAGAAACACAGGAAGGCAAAGUUGAGGUUUGUGAGGCUGCAGGGAUGCCUGGAACUAGAUUUCAGGCGCUGGGACGACGGAGUUUUGCGACUAUGGGGCUGCCCUCGAGGGCAAGACAACCAAGAACCCCUGUUGACAAACACUAGGUACGUUGCCGGGCUGCCCCAGCUCCCGUAGGCCUGUCUGUUGCUAACAGCAAGGAGCUGUUUAUGGAGCCGCUUCCCCCGCGGACCGGCCUCCAGUGUCACAAUCUACUCUAUCUACAACGAAAACUCAUGGGGCCCUCCCUCCAGGGUUCUCACCCUUGCUGGGCCUAGGAAGCCUGAGCUGGGGAAUGCUGGUUCCAGGAUUAAGCUCUCGCCGCCUCGGGAGGGCAGUGCCAUCUACUGCCCCUCACUCCAACUUGGCACAGAAGCGGUUAACUCCCAGCUUCACUGAGCAGCCUUUCACCGCUGUCGUAGCUCCGCCUGGUAGAGUCACCGCUGUUGCCAGUUUAGUAUUUUCAUUGGUGGACGUAAUCCGCGGCAUUCCAGGACUCACCAAUCCAGAAGCAGAAAGAACAAAGUUAUGCACGAGCCGCGAGAAUACAGUGGACGGAUCGUCGGAGAGGCCUAAAGGGUUGGGGGCAGGAGACGUAGAUUUGAAGCGCUUUUGGCCUAAAGAAGCGUGAGAGGCAGAGUGCCUCAGAAGUCCCGCCGGCGGUCUGCAGCCAGAGCCCUGCCAGGACCGAUAGCGUGGGUGUGGCACUUAUCUGCACUCCUGGAGUGCCGGUGGGAUAAGGUCUUAAGACUUGGACAUCCUCCUUCUCCCUCAUUUUCUCUCCUUUACCCUACCUCUCGUGGGUUUCCCAAUGAGCCGGACUGUAGUUGUGCUGGGCGGAGGCAUCAGCGGCUUGGCUGCCAGUUACCACCUGAGCCGAGCCUCUCAUCCCCCAAAGGUGAUACUGGUGGAGGGCAGCGAGCGUCUGGGAGGCUGGAUUCGCUCAGUCCGUGGGUCUGAUGGUGCUAUUUUUGAACUUGGACCUCGAGGAAUUAGGCCUGCAGGAGCCCUGGGAGCCCGGACUUUGCUCAUGUUUCUCCUCUUCCUGAGGGUGCAUUGAGAGUAGGUUUCUGAACUUGGCUUGGACUCACAAGUGUUGCGUGUCCGCGGAGACCAUCCAGCUGCCCAGAACAGGUUCCUGUAUGUAGGCGGUGCCCUGCAUGCUCUACCCACUGACCUCAGGGGGCUACUCCGUCCUUCACCCCCCUUCUCCAAACCUCUGUUUUGGGCUGGGCUGAGGGAUCUGACCAAGCCCCGGGGCAAAGAGCCUGAUGAGACUGUGCACAGUUUUGCCCAGCGCCGCCUUGGACCUGAGGUGGCAUCUCUAGCCAUGGACAGUCUCUGCCGUGGAGUGUUUGCAGGCAACAGCCGUGAGCUCAGCAUCAGGUCCUGCUUUCCCAGUCUCUUCCAAGCUGAGCGAACCCAUCGUUCCAUAUUACUGGGGCUGCUGCUGGGGGCAGGACAGAGCUCACAGCUAGACUCAGCACUCAUUCGUCAGGCCCGGACUGAGCGCUGGAGCCAGUGGUCAUUCCGAGGAGGCCUGGAGAUGUUGCCCCAAGCUCUUGAAUCUCACCUGACCAGUAGGGGGGUCAGGGUUCUCAGAGGCCAGCCAGUCUCUGGGCUCAGCCUCCACGCAGAAGGGCGCUGGAAGGUAUCUCUAGGGGACAGCAGUCUGGAGGCUGACCACAUUAUUAGUGCUGUUCCAGCUUCAGUGCUGAGCAAGCUGCUCCCUGCUAAGGCUGCACCACUGGCUUGUGCCCUGAGUACUAUUACUGCUGUGUCUGUAGCUGUGGUGAAUCUGCAAUACCAAGGAGCUUGUCUGCCUGUCCAGGGAUUUGGACACUUGGUGCCAUCCUCAGAAGACCCAGGCAUCCUGGGAAUUGUGUAUGACUCAGUUGCUUUCCCUGAGCAGGAUGGGAGCCCCCCUGGCCUCAGAGUGACUGUGAUGCUGGGAGGCUCCUGGUUACAGACGAUGGAGGCCAAUGGCUGUGUCUUAUCUCAGGAACUGUUACAACAGAAGGCACAGGAAGCUGUUGCCACACAAUUAGGACUGAAGGAGCCACCAAGUUAUUGCUUAGUCCAUUUACACAAGAACUGCAUCCCCCAAUACACACUAGGCCACUGGCAAAAACUGGAGUCAGCUAAGCAAUUUCUGGCUGCUCAAAGGCUGCCCCUGACGCUGGCUGGAGCCUCCUAUGAGGGGGUUGCUGUCAAUGACUGUAUAGAGAGUGGGCGCCAGGCAGCAUUCAGUGUCUUGGGCACAGAACCUCACAGCUGAGCUCCAACUCCCACUCAUGAAAAUAAAAGUUGCUGGAGCUUGG